AUGGAAGACCGGAGAAUACAAGAGAAGAUCCACGUCCACGGAGCUGCACCGCCGUUGACAGCCGUCGAGAGAUUCUUGUACGGCCAAAAGAAGGAUGACUUGUGUUCUAAGAAACAAGAGCUUUCUAUAGAACGACCGAAUUUGAAAACGACAAGGGAGAUUGGUAUCAGAAACGACAACAAAGAGAACCUGAUGUCUGGUCCAACGAAGGAGAAAAAAGUGGCCGUUACUUGCGGAAACCGAAACGUUAUUGGAGAUAUGAUCGUUAAAGGUGCAACUAGAGAUUAUCAAAAGAGUACUACUUGCAAGGCAAUAACAAAGAAGCGACCAUACAGGUAUCUCAUUAAAGGGCAAUGGACAGCCGAAGAAGACAGGAAGUUGAUAAAACUGGUGACGCAACAUGGGGAGAGGAAAUGGACAAUGAUCUCGGAGAAUCUUGAGGGAAGAGCAGGCAAGCAAUGUCGUGAGAGAUGGCAUAAUCAUCUCCGUCCCGAUAUCAAGAAAGAUAGUUGGAGCGAAGAAGAAGAAAGGGUUCUUGUGGAAGCACACACCAGGAUCGGGAAUAAGUGGGCAGAAAUCGCUAAACUUAUUCAAGGACGAACCGAAAACUCUAUCAAGAACCAUUGGAAUGCGACCAAACGUCGCCAAAACUCAAAACGCAAAUACAAGCGUUCAAAAAACGCGGGUGAUGGUGAUGAAUGCGAUAUGGAUGAUCUCUCUCCAUCAGCUAAAAGGCCAUGCGUUCUCCAAGACUAUAUCAGAAGCAUCGAGAAUAAUGAAAAGGACAAUGGUGAGAACAUCAUCACAACUGGUGGUAAUAAUGUUCUUGCUACUUCGAACCUUGUUCACUUUGAUUCCGAUGUGGAUGGAGACUCUACAUCGUCGCUUCUGGAUGAUCCUUAUGACGAAGAGCUUCUUUUCCUGAAAAAGAUGUUUGCAACCCACUCAAUUUCUCUAGAGAACAUCGAUUUGAGCCAAGGUCUGGAUCAGAUUUCACAGUCUUCUUCCUCUGGGUUCAUGAUCAAUAGCCCUAACCCUAAACCUAACUUGAACAACAAUACUGUUGGAGCUGAUAAUGGAACAAUGGUCAAAGAUGCUGCAAAUACGUCCCACCUCGCGUCUGAUAUCUACUUAUCUGAUUUGUUGAACGGUCCGGCGUCGUCUACUUCAUCUUCUUUUUUGUCGACCAACAACACAGAGCAAGGCGGCGAAAACGGGUUUCUUGCGGCCCAGGCUAACUCUGGUAGUGAAAGAAGAGAAAUGGAUCUGAUAGAGAUGCUCUCUGGUUCUACUCGAGGUAGCAACAUUUGGUUCCCAUUGUUCUAA